ACAUGAGCGGUAAUAUCAACAAUUUUGAAAGCUUCGGAAAUGCAAAUAAAAGGAUAAAAUUAAAUUAUCCAAUUUAAGAAAUUGAAUUCGCUAAAAAUAAUUUUUUGAACAUCCAGCUACAUUAUAUUAAAUCGGUACUUUUCAUAUAGAAAAAAAAUGACAGUUAAUUGCUCUUUUGAUCUGGAAGAUGACGAUUUCUUAGAUGACACUUUUCGGAGCAUACCUGAAAAUGAUUUAUUAAGUUACAGUAUUUCCAACUCUGCAUCUGAAAACCGAUUGAAUAAUAAUGAAUUAAGGGAUUUUCAAGUACCUGGCACUUCUGAUGGAUCUAAAUACACUAAUAUUAAUCCAAUAAAUACAGAUUGCAAUACAAUGAAGUCUUUAUCAAGCUUAAUCAAAAACAGAGAAACUGUUCCUUCAAAAGAAAAAGAUGUUAAUUUUUCUGAAAUGUAUAGUCCAAAUAGAUCUGUAAAUAUUGAUGAAAAUGCAAAAAUUAAUUCCAGAUUUGUACCAGGUUUUACUCCAAAAGCAAAAAAGAGGAAAUUACCGGGACCUGCUGGUUUCUUUUCUGAAAAUGAUGAUCAACAUUUUCAGCCUGUUGAUUCAGAACAUUUUGUUACCAAAUGCACAACUGCUGAUAUAGAUGUACAGAAUAUUACAAAUUCUCAGUUUUCUUCUGAAGAUCUGCUUUUACCAUCAUGGCAAAAUCUCCAAGCAGAGGUUUCUUCUUGUCAUAAUUUGUUAUCAACUGCAAAAUAUUACAGCAUUCGUAGAGUUCUUCAUGAAACUUCAAAGAAAAGGUUACCAAAGCAUCUUGUUGUUCCUGUUCUUUGUGUUUUAAUCAAGAAAUUCAAUGCUGAAGAAUCAUCUCUUGUGCUCAUGGAUGAUACAGGUGAAAUGUCUGGAAAAAUUGAUAAAGAAGUACUAGAUAUGUAUAAAGAUGCCAUACAUGAAAGAACUGCUUUAAUAUUGAAAAAGGUUACAUGCAUCUGCAAUAUUUUGAUUUUAAAAAAGCAGAAUGUGGUUUCAGUAUAUCUUGAUGAUGGAUCUGUUAAACAUGUUCAAGAUUUAAAUUCCAUAUUGGAUAAAGAAGAACCAUUGAAGCCAAUGAAUUGUCACUGUCCUGGAACACCUAAUGAAAAAACAAUUAAAAAACAGUUGUUUUCCCAAAGCUGCAAUUCUGCAUCCAUUUCUCUGAAGAAAGCUUUAAAUGACAAUCAUAAAAUGAGCAAGAAAGUAGCGCCGACUUCAUGCACUAUUGCAAAAAGUUUAAAAGAAAACAAUUGUAAUAUAAAAAAUACCAAAACUUCACUUAGCACACAAAUGCCAAUAGGAAAAGAAAAAGUUUUAAACAUUCUUGAAGCCAUGCUAGAUGUUGCAAAAAGUGAUAACAGUUCUGGAAAUAUUACAUCAACAAGUUCUUCAAAUCAACAUACUGGAAAAUUUUCAAUUUCAAAAUCUAUAUCAAAUGUUGCUUGUAACUUUUCAAAUUCAAAUUCCACUGAAAUUAUGAAACAUAAUUUAACAUCUAAAACUUUAAGUAAUAAGAAAGAUUUUUGUAAUAAUUCAGAGCCUAAGCAAACAUUUAAUACUAUUAACAAUCCAUCAGUUGCUGAGUCUUAUUUAGAAGAAGAGUUAUUUUGUGAAGAUACAGAUGAUUUUGAUGACAUCCUGUGCAGUUUGGAUGAAAAAUCUUUCAUACAAGAAAUAUGAGCAACUCGUGUAUUUCAUUUUAUAUUUUGAAUUGUAAAACUGCUUUUUGAAAUCUGUAUAAAGUCUGUAAAUUUUUUUUAUUUUCUUCACUUUUCUAGUUAUGUAAUUUUUAGAAAGAAAAAGAAU